AUUUCAGUCUCCCACUCAUGUGGGUGGGACCCAGCGACUGGAACCAUCUUUUGCUACCUCCAUGGCAGGAAGUUGAAGUUAGGAGCAGAAACUGGGUUUUAAACCCAGACACUUGAACAUGACACGUGGCCACCUUAACUGGCAUUUAAACCACCAGGCUAACCACUCACCCCUUACCAAAGUCAUUGAGCGAAGUGAAAGUCUGUAGACUUAACCUGAGUUCGCAGAUGGCCUGGGAAUAUGGUUGCAGGUAGCAGGCUUCAUUCCUUAGCUCUGGGUGCCAAGAACCAGAAGAUCUGCCCUUCUUGUGUAAUUAGCGUAUGUUUUCUUUUUCAGGAUCUAUCGUAGUUGCUGUGGGAGAUCCAAAGUGUGUUACGUCCAGUUAAUGUUGCAUCCUUUCUUUAGAAGAAAUAUUCCCAGCAAUAUAGCAUAAAUGCCACAGAGAGUGGGAGUUUGGCCCAGGAGUCUGACGUUCGCAUCUGAACCCUUGGACACCUUCCUCCAGGAAGCAGGUGCAUUACCAGUGAGGAGGUGGCAUUGAAUCUUCACGUCCUGUUCCAGUCGGCUUGAAGCCAUUCCUAGCCUUAACCCCAAGGUUAUCGCCGUAUCAAGAAAGACCUCAUCAUCAGAAUCACAGCCCACACUGAGUCCUUCGUCAGAAGGACUUCGUGGAGUACAGAACCAGGGACCUUGACUGCCUAUUGGAGCGGGGGCUAUGGGCUGCAAAGUCCUGCUCAACUUUGGCCAGCGGAUGCUGCGGCGCAAGGUGGUGGACUGCAGCCGAGAAGAGAGCCGACUGUCCCGCUGCCUGAACACGCUUGACCUGGUGGCCCUGGGUGUGGGCAGCACACUGGGAGCUGGUGUGUAUGUCCUGGCCGGGGCUGUGGCGCGCGAGGACGCCGGCCCUGCCAUCAUCAUCUCCUUCCUGAUUGCCGCGCUGGCUUCGGUGCUGGCUGGCUUGUGUUAUGGCGAGUUUGGUGCCCGUGUCCCCAAGACGGGCUCAGCCUACCUCUAUAGCUACGUCACUGUUGGGGAGCUGUGGGCCUUCGUCACCGGCUGGAACUUGAUCCUCUCCUAUGUCAUUGGUACUUCAAGCGUGGCAAGAGCCUGGAGUGCAACAUUCGAUGAGCUGAUCGGCAAAUCCAUCAGUGAGUUCUCGAGGAAACACAUGGCCCUGAAUGCCCCCGGGGUGCUAGCUGAAAACCCUGACAUAUUUGCUGUGAUUAUCAUCCUCAUCUUAACAGGUCUCCUAAUGCUCGGUGUGAAAGAAUCGGCCAUGGUCAACAAAAUAUUCACUUGCAUCAACGUGCUGGUGCUCGGCUUCAUAAUGGUGUCGGGAUUUGUGAAAGGACAGCUCCUCAACUGGCAGCUCACACCCGAUCAUUCCUGCAUGAACAAUGACACCAAAGUAGAGGAUCCUGGCGUUGGUGGAUUCAUGCCUUUUGGCUUCUCUGGAGUCCUGUCAGGGGCAGCAACCUGCUUCUACGCCUUCGUGGGCUUCGACUGCAUCGCCACCACAGGUGAAGAGGUCAAGAACCCUCAGAAGGCCAUCCCCGUGGGCAUCGUCUCAUCCCUGCUGAUUUGCUUCGUCGCCUACUUUGGAGUAUCCGCUGCGCUCACGCUCAUGAUGCCCUACAUGUGCUUGGACAAGGACAGCCCGCUGCCCUAUGCCUUCAAGCACGUGGGCUGGGAAGGCGCGAAGUACGCAGUGGCCGUGGGCUCCCUCUGCGCGCUGUCUGCCAGUCUUUUAGGUUCCAUGUUUCCCAUGCCUCGGGUCAUCUACGCCAUGGCUGAAGAUGGACUGCUCUUCAAAUUCCUGGCCAAAGUUAACAAUAGGACCAAAACACCCAUCAUUGCCACGUUAACCUCGGGCGCCAUUGCAGCUGUGAUGGCCUUCCUCUUUGACCUGAAGGAUCUGGUGGACCUCAUGUCGAUCGGCACGCUGCUGGCGUACUCGUUGGUGGCUGCCUGCGUGCUGGUGUUACGAUACCAGCCCGAACAACCAAAUCUGGUUUACCAGAUGGCCAGGACAACUGAUGAGCUCGAUCAUGUGGACCAGCAUGAGCUUGUGAGCACCAGUGACUCCCAGACAGGCUUUCUGCCCAAAGCAGAGAAGUUCUGUUUGAAAGCCGUAUUCUCACCCAAAAACAUAGAGCCUUCCAAAUUCUCUGGGCUAAUCGUGAACAUCUCGGCCAGUCUCAUAGCCGUUCUUAUCAUCACCGUGUGCAUCGUGGCCGUGCUUUGCAAGGGCACACCACUCUGGGCUAUCUUUGUGCUCACUGGGUCUUCCCUGCUGUGUGUGCUGGUCACGGGCAUCAUCUGGAGACAGCCUGAGAGCAAGACCAAGCUCUCAUUCAAGGUGCCUUUCCUGCCGGUGCUGCCGAUCCUGAGCAUCUUUGUGAACGUCUAUCUCAUGAUGCAGCUGGAUCAGGGCACCUGGGUCCGGUUUGCGGUGUGGAUGCUAAUAGGCUUCGCCAUCUACUUCGGCUACGGGCUGUGGCACAGUGAGGAGGCAUCCCUGGCCAACGGCCAGGCAAGGACUCCUGACAGCAACCUGGAGCAGCGCAAGUGACGCGCAGCCCCGCCCCACGAGGGCCACCUACAGAGGCCCAGGAAGACCCCUGCCCUCACCAGCAGGGCCUUGGGACCUACCCACAUCCCCAGCACCUCCAAAGGGGCCAUUACUUGAACCCUAGCCUUGGCCACAACCGCCGCCGUGGCCUGGUCACCUCUGGCAGCUCCCUGGCGGGUGGGGCAGCUUAGCUGGGGCGACCGCCAUCCAUGUCUCCUCGCCCUGCCCCAUCCACCUCACUGAAGCCAAAAGGCAGCAAAGCACUUGUCCUCUCAGCUCCGUGCCCACACCCGUGCCACCGGGGGCUCCAGGACCACACCUGGCAUUGUGAACUGUGUCCUCCGCCAGAGGCUCCUGCAGCCCCAGACUGAAGAUGAGCACUCCCUCCGGCACAUCUCCAGGCCUCAGCUGUUUACCUAAGAUGGAGAAGUGGUACCCAGCAUCCUGCCAACUGCUGCCCUCCCCUCCGUGACUUGUGUGCAUGCUGGGCUGCAGCACCAGCUCUGGGAUGCAGGCAGGGGUUGGUCUUAGGAGGAAGGGCACACACCCAGUGGGAGCAGCGGUGCUGGGGCCAGCAGACUCCCGCACAUACAUGCAUGUGUGUGCGGGCAUGCGUGCAGACUGGGUGGUGUUCUGCCACAUUCCCUCCAAGCCUCCAGCCCAUCCUUGUUGCCACUGGCCUCCCUCUGGGUCCUGAGUAACUGGAACAUGAGACUACAGUGGGGGCAGGCUUGGCUUCCUAACGCCGGAGUUUGGAACUUUGGCUCUUCCACACGGAGCUUGUCCAGUCCCCCCCUCCCCUAAUUCUUGGCCUUUUUGGCUUUCAGUCUCUUGGUUCUCGGAGCAGGAAGCAGCUUGGGGCCAGGGUGGUGGCAGAGUCAGGUCCUGAUGCUCGGGACCCCCAGCGUGCUCUGUGCAGCCUCUUGCUGAUGUGUAAUGGGUUUGAAUCUUAGCAGCCGCUGUGGCUCCCUGCACCGCGUGGAUAUGGGGCUUGACUUGGAAAAAUGAUACAGAUCAUUACCACCUGCCAGGGCUGACAGGUCAGAGUGCGGUCAUGUUACUACCCCCUUGGUGUGUCUGUCAGUCAUACACAUGCUGCAGCUUCGCAUCCUUGCACCCUGCCCUGGGCUUCAGGCCUCUGUGUAACAGAGCUGCAGGUUUUACUGGGACCCCAGUGUAGUGUCCCCCACCCCGCCCCUGCUGCUCCUGCUAUACACUAGGCACUCUGCACCCACUCCCUCCCCGGGCUUGGGGUGGGGCUAGGGGCAACCCCAUUUCACACACUCCUAGGAGAGUAUCGAGGAGCCCUCCACAUUCGGAAUAUCCUGCAAGAACCAUCAGGCCCCUGUGUUCGUGGGACGGGUGGCAUUUGGGAUGUUACCAGAAGUAACAGAUGCUGCUUUCCAAGCUGAAGUUUCCCUUUUUUCCCCAGUCUGUCCUCGACAUGGAAAAAGCCCGACAAAUUGACUGUGUUCGUCUUUCAUCUUGUUCUCUGAGAGAAAUGCAAGAAUGAGAGUGAAUGCAUCCCAGAGGCUGAUGAGUUUGUUGGCUUGGUGGGUGGGGCCUCCAUGGGCUCCACCCCUGAGCCAAGCACCUGCCCACCUGCUGGAAGCUGUAUUCCUAACACCACCUGCUGGUGUUCUAGGAGUAGCAAGAAGCUCAAAGCUCGGCUUUCCAAAGAAAGAUAUUUAAAUUUAUGUAGAUUUGGUGCUGUAAAAAUAUUUUGAUAAAUAUUAACUUAUUUUGUUGGGGUUUUGGUUGUCUGUUGUUUUCUUAGGACCUAGUAGCUUUUCAUUUGCUUUUUUUCCCCCCCUUGUUAUUUUCCAAAUGAGGCAAAGAGAACUUGAGGGAUAGAGUGGUUCAAGGACAGUUAGGGACAGGGCAGAUCGUUUUUUGUUUUCAAACCUCUUUCAUUUUGGCUGAGACAUCCAUGGAGGCGUGCAGCGGAGGGCCCAGCUGAUCACGUGUGACCCUCCACAGAGUGAAGAUGUGUUGUGUGCCUCAUUCGGGCGCCUUCAUGCCUGCCCUCGGGUGGGAUCACGAGGCACAAGCUGCCCCGUGCCCGCUGGUUAGAGGAGGGACUUCUGGUCAGCAGCCGAUACUCCAGCCUGGACCCCAGCUUUAAGCCCAGUGCUGUGUGCUUCUGUCCAGGAAGCAUUCUGAUGACCAGGGUGGGACCUUAGCAGUGCUGUUUGAGGCGAGCCUCUUAACACAUCCUUCUUUGUAUCCUCUGAACACACACAGAGGCACACAGAUGGGCCCUUUGUUUUACAAGAUUGAUUUUGUCUCAUUUGAAAAAGUUAUGGAGAAAGGAAAAGGCAGACAUUCCAUCCACUGGUUCAUUCCU